AUGUCGAAGAGAGGUCGUGGCGGUGCUGCCGGCAACAAGCUGAAGAUGACCCUUGGUCUUCCAGUGUACGUAUCUACGAUUUCCCCAGUAUUCGACAUACAAACUCAACAGCUCUUUACUUUCAUGAACUGCUGUGACAACUCCGGUGCCCGAAACCUUUACAUCAUCUCCGUCAAGGCCACCGGUGCCCGUCUUAACCGUCUCCCCGCUGCCGGUGUUGGUGACAUGGUUAUGGCCACCGUUAAGAAGGGAAAGCCAGAAUUGAGAAAGAAGGUCAUGCCUGCUGUUGUUGUCAGACAGAGCAAGCCAUGGAAGCGACCUGACGGUGUCUUCCUCUACUUUGAGGACAACGCUGGUGUUAUUGUCAACGCCAAGGGUGAAAUGAAGGGAUCCGCCAUCACAGGACCAGUUGGAAAGGAAGCCGCAGAGCUAUGGCCCCGUAUUGCCAGUAACUCUGGUGUUGUGAUGUAA